ACAGCCGUGACAGAAUUCAUACUUUUAGGAUUUGAAGAUCUACAUCAAUUCAAAAUCCCAUUCUUUGUCCUUCUUACAAUAAUUUAUGUUGUGACCUCAGUUGGAAAUUUUUUAAUUAUUGCCUUAGUUUCUUCUUGUCGGUCUCUACAGUCCCCCAUGUACAUAUUUCUCAGCCAUCUCUCGGCCUGCGAUCUUGUCAUUAGUACAAAUGUUACUCCAAAUGCACUGCAGAUUAUUUUAUUAGGAAAGGUACCCAUGUCCUUUCUUUCCUGUAUCACCCAAUUAUAUUUUGUUGGUGCGACCUUAAUUAUGGAAUGCUUUCUUUUAGCAGUGAUGUCCUACGAUAGAUACUUAGCCAUAUGUUGCCCAUUACAUUACAGCUCUAUCAUGAACCUCAACCUUCCACAUUAUCUUGUCCUAGGUACGUGGUUAGUAGGCUUUGGUCAGUCGUUAAUCACUAAUUCUUUUAUACUCAACACUCAGUUCUGUUCAUCCAACAUCAUCAAUCAUUUCUUUUGUGAUCUUGGCCCAGUCUUGCAGCUCUCCUGCUCAGACACAAUAGCGGUCCAAAUAGAGGUGUCCACCUUUGUCACUGUGACAGUACUUAGCCAAGUUCUUUUCAUUAUUGUUACCUAUGUCUGCAUCUUUAAAGCCAUCCUCCACAUCUCCUCUGUCACAGGGAGAGAAAAGGUCUUCUCCACCUGUAGCUCCCACCUGACGGUUGUCUGCAUUUACUAUGGGUCUUUGAUCAUUCUCUAUGUCUCUCCAUCAAAAGCAAAUUCAUUUAAUUUAAAUAAGAUCUUAUCAUUGUUAAACUCUGUUGUUACACCACUGUUCAAUCCCAUUGUAUACAGUCUGAGGAAUAAAGAGAUUGGAGCAGCACUGAAAAAAAUCAAAUUCCUAAAGAUAUGCCAUGAUAAAUAUUUUUAAGGGGUAAACAUGUUGUUAAAAUGUAUCUGUAACGGUCAGGGGUUAAUGCCGUUACGAUAUUCCAUUCCACCAACC